UGGAUUUUAGUCAACGGUCAUACUGUUGCAAGAACAAUAAAAACACUGAUAAAAACAUAAUUUACUGCCUUUGUUCGUACCCAGCUGUUUUAUCAGCUUAUUUUACUGGGCUUAGCAAUCAUUGUUGUCCAGUGCGCCAGUUAAACUUUGUACUCCCUCGCAACAACAUGGCUGCUUUUCAGAUGGGAUCGGGCCACGCAGUGCCCAUGACCCUCUUCCGGGGCAACAGGAGUCGCGCCGUAAAGGCCAUCCUCCAGGAGCUACUGCCGAGUCUCAAGUUCAAUUCGGGUAACUUGCUAGUGCUCCUCGAGGGCGGUAAGGAUAAGAGCUUAUACAACACAGACGUGGAUUACGUUUUCAGGCAAGAGUCCUAUUUCCAGUACUUGUUUGGAGUUAAGGAGCCGGGAUGCUAUGGCAUUCUUACCAUUGACGUGAAGACGGGUGUCCACAAGAGCAUUCUGUUUGUUCCUCGCUUUCCCGAUGAGUACGGCACUUGGAUGGGCGAUCUGCUCGGAACGCAGGACUUCAAGGACAUGUACGAGGUAGAUGAGGUUUUCUAUGGCGACGAACUGAAUGUUUAUCUGGAGGGAGCGUCGCCCAAGCUGAUUCUUACGUUGAGUGGCACCAACAGCGAUAGUGGUCUCACCCUCCAGCCGCCAGAUUUUGCCGGCAAGGAGAAGUACGUGACCGACUGCGAUAUACUCUACCCCAUUCUGUCCGAAUGUCGGGUGAUCAAGUCGCCUGAGGAAAUCGAGGUUCUGCGUUAUGUAGCAAAGGUUUCUUCGGACGCCCACAUCAAAGUAAUGAAGUUUAUGCGCCCCGGUAGAAUGGAGUUCGAAGGCGAGUCCUUGUUCCUUCACCACGCCUACUCCGUGGGUGGCUGUCGACACGCCUCGUAUACCUGCAUCUGCGGAAGUGGAACGAACUCAUCAAUUUUACAUUAUGGACACGCUGGAGCACCGAACAGUCGACCUGUUCAGGACGGAGAUAUCUGCCUGUUCGACAUGGGUGCCAACUAUUGCGGCUAUGCCGCAGAUAUCACCUGCACUUUCCCGGCCAAUGGCAAGUUUACCGAGGACCAAAAGUUUAUAUACAACGCCGUUCUGGAUGCCCGCAAUGCCGUUAUGGAAUCGGCUAGAGAUGGGGUGUCUUGGGUGGACAUGCACAAGCUGGCGGGGCGGGUGCUGCUACAGCGGCUAAAGGAUGGCGGCAUGUUGAAGGGUGAUGUGGAGGAGAUGCUCGAGGCAGGUCUUUCCGGUGUGUUCCAGCCUCAUGGCUUGGGCCAUUUGAUCGGCUUGGAUGUGCAUGAUGUGGGCGGCUAUCUGCCAGGGGAGCCAAAGCGUCCCAGCGAACCGUGGUUAAGCAAGUUGCGCUUUGCUCGCAUCCUUAGGGCUGGUAUGUAUGUAACCAUCGAACCCGGAUGCUACUUUAUCAAUUGGCUGAUGGACCAGGCCUUGGCCGAUCCGGACAUUGUUAAAUACAUCAACGUAGAUAUGUUUAACCGCUUCCGAGGAUUUGGCGGAGUACGCAUCGAGGACGAUGUACUAAUUACAAAAACUGGCGCUGAGAACUUUGCAAUCGUUCCACGAACAGUUGCGGAAAUCGAGGCAACGAUGAGUUCGCCUUAAAUACGAGCUGCAGCUUAGAAUGGCAUCAUAAUUGUAAGCUUGUGCAUAUGUAGUAUACUGUAUCAUAAUCAAAUUAUGGGAUAUUCAAAAAAUAAAUAUCAAUAUCAUUUUGCAAAUAAACUUUAACUGAUAUCUAA